ACACAUUUAUACUAUAGUGUUUGAUAGAACAUGAACGUACCCGCUGUGACUUUUCUAUGCAUUUAUAUCCGAUGAAUAGUUAGUAUUUAGUUUACCUAUAAUAAUUGUAAUUAUUAUUCAUCCUAAAUAUCGUGGUCAUCGUUAUUUUAUUCAUCGAGAAGAAUCUUCGGUUCAAAUUUUAUUAUGGUUACAAGCAUCACGUAACAUAAUUACUAAUUGUAUAUGUACAUUGUACAAUAAUUUGCACAUUUGACGAAGAAAAACCGAAACACUUUCAAAGAUGCUUAAAUCAGGAGUUCAUAGACAAAUAUACGCCACUAUAGCGGCGUCCAUGUCGAUAUUCAUCAGUGGCAUGUGGCUGGGAUGGCCCAGCUCAGCGUGCGAGAAGUUCAUAAAGCACGAGACGGGCGACCUGCACGUGACUUACGACCAGCUGUCGUGGAUAGUGUGCAUGAUGGACCUGGGCAACUUUAUCAGUCCGCUGUUCGGCGGCUACCUGAUGGACCGGUACGGCCGGAAGAUGGUGAUCGCUGCGCUCGGCCCGCUGUUCAUCGUCUCCUGGGCGCUGACGCUGUUCGUGCCCACUACGGUCGCCCUGUACACGGCCAGGUUGAUGGCGGGCCUGGGCAAGGGCGUCUCGUACACGGUGGUGCCGGUGUUCCUGGGCGAGAUCGCGGGCGUUAGCAUCCGCGGCGCCCUGGGCAGCGUGUUCACCAUACAGCUCAGCUGCGGCGUCCUGUUCGAAGUGAUCGUCGGCCCGUACGUGUCGUACCACACGCUCAACGCUACGUCCGCCGUCGUGCCCGUGCUGUUCUUCGCCGCGUUCCUCUGGGUGCCCGAGUCGCCGUACUACCUGCUCAAGGUGGGCCGGCUGGCCGAGGCGACCCGAUGCCUGCGCUGGUACAGGGGCUGCGACGGCGAAAGUGGCAGCGGCGACGACGACGACGGAGACGCCACCGUGGCCGCGGAGCUCCGUCUGAUGGAGGUCAACGUGCGGAAGGACAUGGAAAACGGGUCGGCGUUAAGCGAGCUGUUCGCCAACCGGAACAACUUCCGCGCGCUGGCCGUGGUGGUGGUGGCGUGCAUGGGACAGCGCGCCGGAGGCAUCAGCAGCCUGACCGCGUACUCUGCGCUCAUACUGCCGGAACCGUCACCCAUCAUGGGCAAGUUCGAGUUCAUAAUCGCGUUCGCCGUCGUCCUGGUGGUGGUCAACUUCGUCGGGCUGGCCCUGGUCGACCGAGUGGGCCGGAAGCCACUGUUGAUCGUCUCCGAGGCGGGCCUGGGCUUGGUGACGUUCGUCUUCGGCGUCUACUACUUCGCCGCCGAGCACUACCCCGGCGCCGCCGCCGCGUACCGGUGGCUGCCGUACGUGUGCCACACCACUUUCGCCGCAACGUUCUCCAUAGGCAUCGGCUUCAUACCGGUGGUGUUCCUCGGCGAGAUGUUCCCGGUCAACGUCCGGUCCCGGUGCUCGGCGUUCGCGUCCGUCACGCUCGCAUUCUUCUCGUUCGUGUCCAACAAGACGUUCCUGGUCGUCUCGCACAAGUACGGUUACUACACCAUGUUCUGGGCGUUCUCCGCCGUCAACUUUGCCUGCGCGUAUUUCUCGCACAGGUACGCGGUCGAGACCACCGGCAAGACGUUCGUGGAGAUCCAAGAAAUCCUGGACGACAGCGUCAGAAACGGACCGGGCACGCGGAGGAGGAAUGCGAAAAGACUGCAAGUCAUCGCCUACGACAACUCGUCGGUCGAUAUUUAAAUAUAUUAUAUUAUAUUAUACUAAUUAUUAUUAUUAUUAUUAUGUUUAUUAUUAUUUAAAAACAUAUAUUUAUUUACGCUUCUUAAUUUUUUUGAUGGAAUUUUAGUUGUUUUGUACCUAUAUAGAUACCUACAUUUUCAUGUAGGUCAUCUCUUUGUCAUAUUCCUGAAUAAGUGUACCUGUUCUUGUAAUUUUUUCAUAAUAUGUUGUAGGUAUCACAUAAUGACUUAGAAUUAUAAUCUAAUAAAAUAUUUUUCGACAUAAUGAUAGUGCUUACAGUUGAAAACUCACCCUGUGAAUUAGAUAUCAAAAAAUAGGUGGGUAUUAGGUAUACAGAGUGUUCCAAAUUUCUUGUGACAAAAGACAGAUCUGCCCCGUAAGAACCAGAGUAAUCCCCACCAUUUUUGUCACACGAAAUUUGGAAGACCCUGUAUAGAUACUAGAUAGAUAUUAUAGCAGUAUUGGAGGUCCCGGGCCCCGGCACUUUGCAGCAAUAUUGCUAUACCUACUUAAUUUCUAACAAACAAUUGGAUAUAGAUAGGUGUGAUCCUAUCUUUAAAAUUAUAGGUAGGCAAUAUAUUAUAUUAUGUAUUAUUUGUAUUAAUAUGUAUUAUGUUUGAAACUAUUUGGACGUUCUAACAAUGUUUAUUUUAACCACAUAUAUGACAUGCUCAAAUGAAUGAAUUAAUAAUUAUUUGUUUAGAUAAAAUAUAUUAAUAUUAUGUUUGUAACUUGCUUUAAAAAAUUUAUUACGA